AUGGGUUGGAGCAGUUUAUUCAUAUUCUUUAUUGGUACUUUUGGUAAUAUACUUGAUAUAAUUUUAUUUAUUCGUCUUGAAAAUCUUAAUACAUUGGCUAGUUCUUUAUUUCUUUUGGCUUCUUUUAUUGGUAGUCAAUGUGUUAUGUUAACAGCAACACUUUUACGAGUUAUAUUUGGUUUAACAGGAUACGAUCCAUUAUUUGCUUCAUUAUUUCUUUGUAAAGCUCAUUGGAAGAUUGGUCCGGCAAGUGGUGCUUUUUCACUUACUUGUGUUAGUUUAGCCGGUGUAGAUCGAUAUAUUGUAGUGAGAUCUCAAUAUCGUGCCAAGAUUACAUUCAAUUAA